CAUUUGGCGGCUAAUCUCUCCUACCCACCUUGAGAAAGAGUUCUCCUACUGCUCACACACACACCUCGCGUAAAGCUCAAACUACACACCCCUCGCUCUGCUUCCAUCUCUCUCUCUCUCCCUCCCUUUCUCCCUCCUCAACCGCCGAAAUCUUUCAGCUUUCUUCGCAAACCCUAAAAAAUGUCUGGCGGGUUUUUCAGGGGUACGUCCGCUGAUCAGGACACUAGGUUUUCCAAUAAGCAAGCGAAGCUGAUGAAAUCUCAGAAAUUUGCACCUGAAUUGGAACAUUUGGUCGAUAUAACGAAGGUCAGUAUGGAUGUUAUGCGCCCGUGGAUUGCUAAUCGAGUAACGGAGCUUCUCGGAUUCGAAGAUGAAGUUCUUAUCAACUUUAUCUAUGGUCUUUUGGAAGGAAAGGUGGUGAAUGGGAAGGAAAUUCAAAUCUCGCUUACUGGAUUUAUGGAGAAAAACACUGUGAAGUUUAUGAAAGAGCUUUGGACACUGCUUAUCAGUGCACAGAACAAUGCUAGUGGUGUUCCUCAACAGUUUUUAGAUGCCAAACAAGAAGAAGCACGGAAAAAGAAGGAGGAGGCAGACAAGUUUGCAAGUGACAUUCAGAUAAAGAAAGAGAAGGAGAGGAUAGAUCAACAAGAGAUAUUGAAGAAGAUGGAAGAAGGGGCUGACAAGAAAGCAAACAGUGCUGCAUUGGAGCCAAGCACAAAGCAUAUGUUGCCAAGGGAUUCAAAUGAUCAUUAUGAGGAUGAAAGAGGAGCUGAAAAGAGGAUUGGUGUGAAGGCAAGGAGCAAGGUUUCCAGAUCUCCAAAUUCUGAAAAUUCAUCUUUGUCUCCUCGUGAAAGACACCGAUCAAGAAGUAUUUCCAAGUCACCAAAAGCGUUGAGACGAUCCAUUUCUUCUGAUAGGAGUGAUCGCUCUUCACCAAGACGGCCUAUUACAACUGUUCGGAGGCAUUCGCCAGAGGGAUCAACCUCCCCAAGAGGAAGAUCACGUUAUUCCAGGCAAAGAUCUAGAUCAAAUUCCCAACAAAGAUCACCCUCUCCGUAUCGGCGUAGAGUACGUUCUCCAUAUUGGCGUAGACCCUCACCUGUCAGGCGCCGCAGAUCACCAUCCCCAGUCCGGCGCCGCAGAUCACCAUCGCCAGUCCGGCGCCGCAGAUCACCUUCGCCAGUCCGGCGCCACAGAUCACCUUCACCAGUCCGGCGCCGCAGAUCACCUUCACCAGUCCGGCGCCGCAGAUCACCCUCGCCUAUUCGACGUCCCAGAUCACCCUCGCCUGUGCGACGUCCCAGAUCGCCCUCACCUGUGCGGCGUCGCAGGUCGCCCUCUCCUUUGCGACGUCGCAGGUCGCCCUCUCCUUUGCGACGUCGCAGAUCUCGCUCACCUGUGCGUCGCAGAUCACCCUCACCUGUACGACGGGCGUAUCGAAGAUCCCCAUUGAAUACACGGAACAGGUAUGUGUCUCCCUUGCAACAUAGGUCACCAGUUCGUAGCAGGAGGUCACCAACUCCUCUGCAUAGGUCUCCGUCUCCGCAUGAUCGAAGUUCAUCUCCUAUUCAGCAUGGUUCCCCUUCGCCAAUCAGGAGAACAUCAAAGCUUCAGAGAUCUCCCUCACAAUCUCCUCAAGAAAGAACCAGGUCCCGUGAAAAAAUUUCUCCUGUGCCACACGGGUCUACCUCGUAUGGGUCAUUGCAGAGGGAAUCAAAGAAUGGGAAUGAUUCGUGUAAAAUAGCACCAGAUUUGUCGCCAUCACCAGUGAGGUCUCGUUUACUCUCAGAAUCUCCACCAGGCGUAAGAAGUGAUAGUGAAGAAAGGAGAAGAAGAUUAUCUAGCCCAGAUGAGAGUCCAGUUAGACAACCAAGGGUGCAAAUGACUCAUGAUGUUAGCUCAAGUCCUCCAAGGAAACCAAGAGACCAACAACUUCGUCGUGGCAGUCCAGACAUAAGUGAAGAUAAGCUGAUAGCCUCUCCUGCUAAGGUUCGUAACAAGGAAGAGUACUCUCGAAACCGUCUGGAUAACAAGGACUUCAGAAACAAGGAGCAGGAGAUGAAGAGUGGCAAAUCUUCUGGGAGGGUGGUUCCUGAAAGUCCUGAUCAACAACAGGCUCCAACCAUAUAUAAGGAUUCUCUACGUGGUGAGAUGCAAAAUCCCGAUGAGGGUAGAAAGUCUGAUGAAAAGAACCGUUCUCAUUCAAAAAAUUCCAAGGACAGUGAUCGGCAUCACAAAUCUGGAUCUGUGCACUCAUCCAUUGAAAAGGUUGAUCAUAGUAAUCGAAGUGGUAUUGUUGAUUCUGGUUCCGAGGAAAGUGAAAAAUGCAGAGGUGCGGAAAAGGGAAAACGAAAGAAUAAGAGAUCAGAGAGGCAAGAAGUUACUUCAGAUGAUGAUUACAGCAAUGAUUCUGAAAUAGAUGAGAGGAAGAAUGCUAAAAGGAGAAGGAAAGAGGAAAAGAGAUCAAGGAAGGAGAAGAAGCGCCGAAGACGUGAGGAGCGACGUCGCAGAAAAGAAGAACGUCGUGCAGAGAAGAUGAAAGGGAAGAAUUACAGUGAUGCUUCUGCUUCAGAUGGUGAACAUGUAGGCAGGAGGAAGCUUCAUUCAAGUGACAAUGAAGAGAAGGAGGAUGUUCAGAAGAAACUUGAGAUUGAGUUACGCAAGAAGGCUCUUGAAUCACUUAAAGCAAAAAAGGGCAUUAGUCACUAAAUUUGUUUCUGUGUUUGGACACUAUGGUGUUUAAUCUUUUCAAUCCUACAAAGCAAUAACAUUUCAGAUUUGUUAGGAUUAUAAUUUGUAUGAAUGCAAGUACUUCUAUGUUUUGGUUACUGUUUAAUGUAAUCUGUGUUUACUGCUGGCAGCUUAAAUGGAUAAAUGAGGAUUUCCUGAGCUA